GCCUCCUCGGGAAGCCGAGGCGAGAGACAGCGGCUGGCUGGCGCUCGCUCCCUCUCUCUCUCUCUCUCUCUCUCUGCGUCUGCCGGCAGAGUUACAGCUGGUAUUUUUCCACAGGCCUUUUCUGCGCUCUCAGGGCCUACUUUUCCCAGCCAGGCCCGGAGUCCGAGAGAGGGUUAAUAGGCAGGAAGCUGCAGGCAUUGCAGGCUCAUACGGAAGUCAGAUUUUUGUUUAACUGACAGGUUCAGCAGGCCUCGGCCGUGGGGGAGGGGGCGCAGGGAAGGGAAGUCCGUAGGUGGAGGCAUGUGGCCUGCUAGGAGCGCGUGGGGCUUUUCUUAGGGAUAGCUCUUGCUCACCCUAGCCUCACAAAGAUAAUCGCUCAGGAAGUGUUUCAGCCAAUCCGGGGCGGCCUUACACUCGGAUUUGCCGGGGCAGCCAAUCGGGGAUGAGCUUUUAUGAGGCGGCCAGAUCAUCAGCCGAAGUGCCAAACCCUUUUUCUGUGAGAACUAGGAGCCUGUCCUCCAUGUUUUAUAAGUAUUGACAUUACACAGUGUUAACAAUGCAUCCACAGAGUCCCAAAUCUGCCAGCCUGUUCUCUCUUCUUCCUAACUGUGGAAAAAUGAGACGGUUGCUUGAACAUUUGUUGGCUUCAAUACAGGAGUGAGGCAGUGUUGCCAGACGCCAUUUUAAGAAUCCUGCAUAAAUAGCUUAGCUACCGAUGACUGCCUGUUUUAGCUUGGCUGAAGAGGAAAUAAAAACAGAACAGGAGGUGGUAGAGGGCAUGGACAUCUCUACUCGCUCCAAAGAUCCUGCCUCUGCAGAAAGAACAGCCCAGAAAAGGAAGUUCCCCAGCCCUCCGCACUCCUCCAAUGGCCACUCGCCACAGGAUACAUCCACAAGCCCCAUUAAAAAGAAAAAGAAACCCGGCUUACUGAAUAAUAACAAUAAGGAGCAGUCAGAGCUAAGACAUGGUCCGUUUUACUAUAUGAAGCAGCCACUCACCACAGACCCUGUUGAUGUUGUACCGCAGGACGGACGGAACGAUUUCUACUGCUGGGUUUGUCACCGGGAAGGCCAAGUCCUUUGCUGUGAGCUCUGUCCCCGGGUUUAUCACGCUAAGUGUCUGAGACUGACAUCGGAACCAGAGGGGGACUGGUUUUGUCCUGAGUGUGAGAAAAUUACAGUAGCAGAGUGCAUCGAGACCCAGAGCAAAGCCAUGACAAUGCUUACCAUUGAACAGUUAUCCUACCUGCUCAAGUUUGCCAUUCAGAAAAUGAAACAGCCGGGGACAGACGCGUUUCAGAAGCCCGUGCCCUUGGAGCAGCACCCUGACUAUGCGGAAUACAUUUUCCAUCCCAUGGACCUUUGCACCUUGGAAAAGAAUGCUAAGAAGAAAAUGUACGGCUGCACGGAAGCCUUCCUGGCGGAUGCCAAGUGGAUCUUGCACAAUUGCAUCAUUUAUAACGGGGGAAAUCAUAAAUUGACGCAGAUAGCAAAAGUAGUCAUCAAAAUCUGUGAGCACGAGAUGAAUGAAAUUGAAGUCUGUCCAGAAUGUUACCUGGCUGCCUGCCAGAAGCGAGAUAACUGGUUUUGUGAGCCUUGUAGCAACCCUCACCCUCUGGUCUGGGCAAAGCUGAAGGGCUUUCCGUUCUGGCCAGCCAAAGCUCUGAGGGAUAAAGACGGGCAGGUCGACGCCCGUUUCUUUGGACAACACGACAGGGCCUGGGUCCCCAUCAAUAACUGCUACCUCAUGUCUAAAGAGAUCCCCUUCUCUGUGAAGAAGACGAAGAGCAUCUUCAACAGCGCCAUGCAGGAGAUGGAGGUGUACGUGGACAACAUCCGCAGGAAGUUCGGCGUCUUCAACUACUCUCCGUUCCGGACGCCCUACACGCCCAACAGCCAGUACCAGAUGCUGCUCGACCCCAGCAACCCCAGCGCCGGCACCGCCAAGGUGGACAAGCAGGAGAAGGUGAAGCUCAACUUCGACAUGACGGCCUCCCCCAAGAUCCUGCUCAGCAAGCCGGUGCUGGGCGGCGGCUCGGGCCGCAGGAUCUCCCUGUCCGACAUGCCCCGCUCCCCCCUGAGCACCACGUCCUCGGUGCACACGGGCUCCGACGUGGAGCAGGACCCCGAGAAGAAGGCCACGUCCAGCCACUUCAGCGCCAGCGAGGAGUCCAUGGACUUCCUGGAGAAGAGCACAGCCUCCCCCGCCUCCACCAAGACGGGACAAGCAGGGAGCUUAUCCGGCAGCCCGAGACCUUUCUCCCCUCAAGCGUCGACUCCGAUCACGACGAAGACGGACAAAACACCCACCACUGGAAGCAUCCUGAAUCUUAACCUGGACCGCAGCAAAGCCGAGAUGGACCUGAAGGAGCUGAGCGAGGCGGUGCAGCAGCAGUCUGCCCCGGCGCCUCUGACCUCGCCCAAGCGGCAGAUUCGCAGCCGGUUCCAGCUCAACCUGGACAAGACCAUCGAGAGCUGCAAGGCACAGCUAGGCAUCAAUGAGAUCUCGGAAGACGUGUACACGGCCGUGGAGCACAGCGACUCCGAGGACUCGGAGAAGUCGGAGAGCAGCGACAGCGAGUACCUCAGCGACGACGAGAAGCCCAAGGCCGAGCCGGAGCCCGUGGACGACAAGGACGCCGGUCGGGCCGACAAGGAGCCGUCCGUUGCCAAAAAAAAGCCCAAGCCCGCCAACCCGGCCGAGGUGAAAGAGGAGCUGAAGGGCUCGCCCCCGGCCGCAGAGAAGGCGGAGCCUGCGGCCACGGCCAAGGACAAGGCCAGUCCCGAGCCCGAGAAGGACUUCGCGGAGAAAGCCAAGCCCUCCCCUCACCCCACCAGGGACAAGCUGAAGGGCAAGGACGAGACGGAUUCUCCGACUGUGCACCUGGGACUGGACUCCGACUCUGAGAGCGAGCUGGUCAUCGACCUGGGCGACGACCACGCGGGGCGGGAGGGCCGCAAGACCAAGAAGGAGCCCAAAGAGCCAUCCCCCAAGCAGGACGUUGUAGGGAAAGUGCCACCGUCUACCGCGGCGGGCAGCCAGUCUCCCCCGGAAACGCCGGUGCUCACCCGCUCCUCCUCCCAAACUCCCGCGGCUGGUGUCCCAGCCGCCACCAGCGCGCCGUCCACGGUCACGGUCACGGCCCCGGCCACCGCCGCUGCAGGAAGCCCGGUGAAAAAGCAGAGGCCGCUUUUGCCGAAGGAGACUGCCCCGGCCGUGCAGCGGGUCGUGUGGAACUCAUCAAGUAAGUUUCAAACGUCCUCCCAAAAGUGGCACAUGCAGAAGAUGCAGCGCCAGCAGCAGCAGCAGCAGCAGCCGCAGCAGCCGCAGCCUCAAUCUGCGCAGGGGACACGCUAUCAGACCAGACAGGCUGUGAAAGCUGUGCAGCAGAAGGAGGUCACGCAGAGCCCGUCCUCGUCCACCAUCACCCUGGUGACCAGCACACAGUCGUCGCCCCUGGUCACCAGCUCAGGGGCCUCGAGCACCCUCACGUCCUCGGUCAGCGCUGACCUGCCCAUCGCCACCGCCUCUGCCGAUGUCGCCGCGGACAUCGCCAAGUACACCAGCAAAAUGAUGGACGCCAUCAAAGGGACGAUGACGGAGAUCUACAACGAUCUUUCCAAAAACACCACGGGGAGCACCAUAGCCGAGAUCCGCAGGCUGAGGAUCGAGAUCGAGAAGCUGCAGUGGCUGCACCAGCAGGAGCUCUCGGAGAUGAAGCACAACCUGGAGCUGACCAUGGCCGAGAUGCGGCAGAGCCUGGAGCAGGAGCGGGACCGGCUCAUCGCCGAGGUGAAGAAGCAGCUGGAGCUGGAGAAACAGCAGGCGGUGGACGAGACCAAGAAGAAGCAGUGGUGCGCCCACUGCCGGAAGGAGGCCAUCUUCUACUGCUGCUGGAACACCAGCUACUGCGACUACCCGUGCCAGCAGGCGCACUGGCCCGAGCACAUGAAGUCCUGCACGCAGUCAGCUACUGCCCCGCAGCAGGAAGCCGACGCCGAGGUGAACACGGAAACCGUCAGCAAGUCGACCCAGGGGAGCUCUGCCAGCACCCAGGCGGCUGCCCCGGAGACGCCCAGCACCCCCAAAGAGAAGGAGGCGUCCGCCGAGAAGAGCAAAGACAGCAGCUCGACCCUCGACCUUUCGGGCUCCAGAGACACACCCUCCUCCAUUCUCCUAGGCACCAACCAAGGCACAGACCAUUCCCGGAGCAGCAAGUCCACCUGCUGGAACAGCGGUGAGGAGAAGCGGGCGUCGGCCCGGGCCGAGCACAUCGCCAGCGCCAGCUCCAAGAGCCUCCUCCCGAAAGAGUCUCGGCUGGACGCCUUCUGGGACUAGGGCCCCCGGGCCCCAGGGACACAGGAAGCAGCCAUGGCGGGAGAGCGGCCGUCUUCAGACUUGCGAAUUCCACAGGUGCGGGCUGAGCGCCUGGCGCCCCGGGCCGCCUACACUACAUUGAGGGCGGGCCGCGCCGCCUGGGGCCCGGGCUUUAGCUGUACAUAAGGGACGAUCCGCGGAUGGCACCGAGGCUGGAGCACCCGCCCCUUUUUAUAUUUGUAUUGACUUUAACUUAUAAAGAAGAAAAAUCAUGAAAGGUGACCCCCCCCUCCCCCCCCAGCCACAAGAGGAAUGUUUGAUGUUGGAGGAGGGGCGGCCAGCCGGGCCACCUGUCGGUCACACGGUGCUGGCGCUGUCACCCAGGGGAAAGGGAGCCGUUCUCAGCCUGCACGAAGGAGGUGGGGCCCAGACUGCGCCGUCGUGGACACGUCACGCCAAGCCGGUGGUCGCUUCGGGCCACACGCUGUCCCGGCCAGCGGGACGCACGGAGCAGCUCGCCCCUUUGUGUGGGACUGGAAGGGCGACCCCGAGAAGGGAAGCCACGGCGUCCGUGUUUACAGACGCGCCACGGGGCCCAGCCUGGUGCGGGGAGCGGGCUCAUCUCUCCGCUUUGCGGUUCCUCUCCACUCCCACACCCACACACACCUACUCCCCCCACCUCCCUGGUCAGGCGCAGGAGCUCCCCGGCGGCUGGGAGCGGGCAUGUCUGUUUUAUUUAUAUGAAGCCGAGGCGGAUGGGAGAGCGAGGCCCCGUCAUGCUGUCUGUUACACUACGUAUGCGUUCGUCCCACUUUGUUCUGUACGAGGCAUUGAUCAAAGCAAAAGGUGAUGUAUGUAUAUGAGCAAAUUAACUGUACGAUAUCAUUCCAGUACAUUUGGUUGUACAUUUUAGUCUCGUUUCCUUUCUCUUCCUUGUUGAUAAGAGGACGUGACUUGUACAGUCCCCGGCUAGCUCCCCUCCCUAGAGAACACUGAGAAGAGUAUUAGAGGAAAACAGGAGAC